GCAAUGUACAUUUUCCAAACUUCACCACCCUCCAAGUGGUUUGUAGUCUGCUUAGCAUCUGCCAAACACCCUUGACGUGGGUUGGCAUAUUUGAGCACAGGCAUCCAGUUCAAGAUGGCUGGUUUUGAGAACAAUUUCAACAAAAGAUGAACAUUUUAAGAGAAACAGCGUCAGCAAGAAGGAGCACCGUAGCUACAUUAUGGUCCUGUUAGAUAUAUUGAUAAUAUCAAACUUCGUCUUGGGACAUGCAGAAAUGACUUUAGGGAAAACAUUUCCAUCAGAAAGAUGGUAUGGUUUCAGACCAGGUCAGCAUGAAGGAAAGCAUGAAGGAAGCAGGGGGGUUGGACUCGAUGAUCUUUAGAGGUCCCUCCCAACCCCUACAAUUCUGUAAUUCUGUGACAUUGACUCUGGGACGAUCCUGAAAGGUAUUUGUGCCUCACACAGUGCUACCUGCGAUGGAAGACAGAGGAAAGCUAGACAGGGCCCCGGGCUCAAAGCAGGGCCAGCUGGAGCAGCUUGCCCACGGACGUGCCCAGGAGGGCCUCCAUGCAGCUGCAGGUUGCCGGGUGGCGGCGGCAACGUGGUGAUGCAACAAUGGGCGAGUGAGGCAUAAAGGCGUGGGCUGGGAGAUCCGCUGGGCUGGCCACAGCUGUUUGCAGCUGGAGCGAGAGGUAGCAGCGGAGGGUCGCAGCUCCCAGAGAGUUCUUGCAAGGAGCCAUGGAGCGCUGCGGCACUGCUGGUUUCCGAAAUCCAGACGCACUGCUGAGCAUUGCGGGGAAGAGCGCAGAGCUCCGACCCGGAGGACAGAAAGUUGGAGCAGGAGGUAGCGGGCUGCUGGACCUCCCACUCGGGGUCAAAAUCCCUGUGCAGCCUGGCACCAAGCCUGUCUUCUGCAGGACAAAGCUGGGGGAAAAGCUUCACCAGCCUUCUCCUCAUUUUGAUCUGGGAGAUCCAUACUGUCGCCAACUGCGCACAGAAUACAACAGCCUGCACGACCCAUAUGUGCAGGCCUACCACAGCCGCAAAGACAACCUGCAGAACCUGAAGAACAAGGGCUUCAUCACUGAUGAUCGCAAAGUUGUCUGCACUCUGAAGGAGUUCAAUGAGUACAGGCAGUACCUGACCAGGCUCAAGCUGGAGCAUGAGGAAACAAAGAGGCGAGAAAAGGAAAAGCUUCGUCAGAAGAUGUCCAAUUUGAACAAAUUUUCCCAUAGUCUGAGUAGAGACACGGACGAAUCUUGGAUGCGCCCAUCCAGUCCUGUGAACUACAUUGUGGGAGAGAGAGUCAGGCCACUGCAGCCUCACAGACCAGCUGGCCCCCCUCCUUCAUGCAGUUCUCUCCAGUCUGGCCAGUUCAGAAGACGGAAAGUGGCUCCGAUGCAGCACGGCCUUCAGGGAGACUCGAAGAGCACAGGACGUGCAAUGAAGUUCCCUGACAAGUUGCCCAAACCUGAGUUGGGCAAGGAAGGCUCCGUGCACCCUGGGAGCAUCCAUACUGAUGCUGCCUCAAGAAAAAUGCCACGAUUCCCUGGAGAUCGUGAAUUCAAACCGAUGUCUGAAAAACAAGCAAAGCGUCUUCAAGAGGAGACCGAGAGUCUGCUGAGAGAAGUAAAAGAGAAGCUGAAGGCACUGACUCAGCCUGUCUGCAUAUCAAGGAGGGCUCCCCAAAAGAAGAGAGAAAGAGUGUUUAUGAGUGCCAAAAGAGCAGAGCACUGAGAUGUCACCUUUGGAUCACAAGCAGCACCCGUGGGAAUACAAGAAAGACUAUUCAGAACUGGAGCAAGAUAAAUGGCAUGAGAAAGCAAUGCUGAGCACCAAGGAGACCUCCAGAAGAGACAAAACAAAAGCCAAGUGAGCUGCGUGAUGGCCGCGUGAUAAUGACUCUGAUUGGAGGAAGAGCACGUGGCUAGGAACGCCUCACGGCUCUGACUGGAUAAGCGCCUGCACGCACAGUUAAGGAGUGUCUGUGGAAUGUUCGGGUGACAUCUAAAGGGAUGUGGGAAAGUUACAAGACCAAACUUGGAAAUGUAUAAAAGGGAUGUUAGAACUUGGAAUAAACGAUUUGGAUUGUUCACAUCUGAGUCCAUGCCUCAGACGCCGCAUGCACCCACAGCAGCAUCUCCUACAGCCGCGUGGGAAACCCAAACGGAGCGGAAGCCAGGGAGCACCACGGGCACCUUCCCCUCCACGGGCCUGCAGUCUGCCAGGCAGCCCAGUUCCUCCAGCGCGUCCCAGUCGCCCUGCCCAGACAGGAGCUCGGCGCCCAGGGGCGCGUGUCAGGGCCGUCCUGUCCAGGCCCGAGGAGCUCAGGGCACCUCCUCCGAGCCCGGAAUAAAGAGUUAACAGCCCAGUGCUUGCUUGUGCCUGCGUUCAUUCAAUCCGGGCCGUGCUGUGCUUGCGGAUUUUCCCUGCACCCUGUUCUCUCCUCUGCCUGCCUCCUCCAGCCUCCAUCAGGCUGAGACCCAACAUGACAAGCCAUCGGAACUAGGGA